AAGACUGUAUCCUUUUCGUCCCUUCCUCUCCAAAACCUCACCUUCCCCAUUUAUUUCUCCAAUUCCUUCUCUAUUUAACUAAUCUUCUCGUUAGUUCUUAUGAUCCCCAAGCGUUCAUCAUAUUUUGUUAAAGAUAUGUUCAUCACAUUCAUGACACGUGCAUACCCUUAUUAAGUGAAUGCAUCUUUUAAAAGUGAAUGCAUAUAUUUCUUCUUUUUUUUUAAGUGAAUGCAUAUAUUUCUUAACAAGACUUCAUUGAUAAUGAAUGGCGGUUCAGACUCAGCAUGCUUCAAGUUACUUCUUCAGUAAUGGACAAGAAGAUAAUAAUUGCUCGUCGUUGCAGCCUCAGCAACCAAAAGAGGUUUCUUCGGUAGAUUUCAUUCAGUUCUCGUCUCCUGCUGCUGCUCCGAUGAAUCCUCCACCGCCAAAACCACCGCAAGCUAUCGAUUUGAGCGAGUUGUUGCAGAAUCAUAAUCCGUUAAAAUCUAAUGUGGUUCCUAGUACUACAGGUUUUCGUUCAUCUCACGACCACCGUUCACAUAAUCAAGAACAGCUACUUUCGACUUUUUCUAUGCUUUCAGGAGAUCUUGCCGGAGAAUAUAAACGUCAAAGAUAUGAAUUGGACAUGUUUCUUCAAACUCAGAGUGAAGAGCUGCAGCGUAAUUUAGCAUCGAAUAGAGAGAGGCAAUAUGUAGAGCUAUUGUACGCCGCGGAGGAGUUAGCCAGACGGAGAGUGAGAGAAAAAGAAGCGGAGCUUGAGAAAGCCACGCGCCGUCACGCUGAGCUAAAGGCGCGUGCAGCUCAGCUAGCAGAAGGGGCGCGAACAUGGCAGUUACGAGCAGCGACGCGGGAAGCCGAGGUCUCUUCGUUACAGGCUCAUAUCCAAAAAGUCCUAGCGAGCCAACCUACGGCGGCGAAACAGAGUAUGAUCGGCGGCGACGGGGAGGAAGCUGAGGACGCUGAAUCCGUCUUCGUGGAUCCGGAGCGGGUCGGAAUGAACGGACCUAGUUGUAGGAUUUGCUGGCGGAAACCGGCGACGGUGAUGGCGUUACCAUGUCGACAUCUGGUUCUUUGUAAAGGAUGCGACGGCGGCGGCGCUGUGCGUGUCUGUCCGAUUUGCUUCGCCGUAAAGAGUUCCGGUGUCGAAGUUCUGUUUUGUUGAUUAUGAUUUCGUGCAUCGGCCAGUGAGGCCCAUGGGGCCCAUCAUACUCAAGGAACAGUUGAUACAACCGUACGAAAAAGGACGUAUUCUGAACCGACGGAGAAAAUGCAUUUGUGAUUCUAGAAAUUAUCAUAUAGUUGAUGUACAUAGGAUUAGGACAUAGCCACAUGCAGUGGCCUUUUUUCGUUUUGACUUUUUUCUGUUGGAAAUUAUUUGUUUUCUAUUUCUUAUCUUUGAUUUGAACGUACAUAUUUUAGAAAAUAUAAUAUUUAGGGUUUUAAAUAUGUAUGGUCUCUGGUUUGAUGGUUGCA